AUGACUACCUCUACAACUGAACAAGAAAGCCAGCCACUUGCCCCAAAGAACUAUGAGCAAGAUAGAGAAUUUGCAAAGGCUUUGCACGGCAAGGAUGCCGCUAAGAAAACCGGUCUCGGAGCUUGGGUCACAAAGGACGCCUCAGCCCAAGAAGUAGCGGUCGAUGGCUACUUCAAGCACUGGAAUGGUAAGACUGAUCAGGAAGCUGAACACUCAAGAAAGAGUGAUUAUUCGGAGCUGACCAAGCAUUACUACAACCUGGUUACUGAUUUCUACGAGUACGGUUGGGGUUCUUCGUUUCAUUUUUCUAGAUACUACAGAGGAGAGGCCUUCAGACAGGCUACCGCUAGGCACGAACAUUACCUGGCCCUGAAAAUGGGUAUCACCGAAAACAUGAAAGUUUUGGACGUUGGAUGUGGUGUCGGUGGUCCAGCAAGAGAGAUUGCCCGUUUCACUGGUUGUUCUGUCGUUGGUUUAAACAACAACGAUUACCAGGUUGAAAGAGCAGAAUUCUAUUCCAAGAAAUACAACAUGACGAAGCAAUUGUCAUACGUAAAAGGUGACUUCAUGCAAAUGGACUUUGAGCCCGAGACCUUCGAUGCUGUGUACGCCAUUGAGGCCACUGUUCACGCCCCAGUGUUGGAAGGUGUUUAUAGUGAGAUUUACAAGGUGCUGAAACCAGGAGGAGCAUUUGGGGUGUAUGAGUGGGUUAUGACCGAUGCAUAUGACGAAACAAACCCGGAACACCGUGCCAUUGCCUACGGUAUUGAAGUUGGUGACGGUAUCCCAAAGAUGUACAAGAGACAAGUUGCAGAAGAUGCACUGAAAAAUGUCGGAUUUGAAGUAGAGUACCAGAAAGACAUGGCAGACAUGGACGACGAUAUCCCAUGGUACUAUCCUCUUUCCGGUCAAUUAAAGUAUGUCCAGACUCUGGGUGACAUAUUCACCAUCUUCAGAACUAGUAAGAUUGGUAGAACAGUUACCACUGAAACCGUUGGAUUAAUGGAAAAGUUGGGAUUGGCCCCCAAGGGUUCAAGACAAGUUACCAACGCAUUGGAAGAUGCCGCCGUUAACUUGGUGAAGGGUGGUGAACUUAAGCUCUUUACACCCAUGAUGUUAUACGUUGCCAGAAAACCAUUGGAUGCCAAAUAA